UCAGCGGUAGUAUAAAGAGGGAGCUGACUGCAGUCUCUGUGCAAGUGUCUGUUGAAGUCGAGUCCACCUCCAGCAAGAAAAUGAGGGAAAUCGUGCAUCUCCAGGCCGGCCAGUGCGGAAACCAGAUCGGUGCCAAGUUCUGGGAGGUCAUCAGUGAUGAACAUGGAAUUGACCCAACCGGUUCAUACCAUGGUGACAGUGACCUGCAGCUUGACAGGAUCAACGUCUACUACAAUGAAGCCUCAGGUGGUAAAUACGUGCCCCGUGCUGUGCUGGUCGAUCUGGAGCCAGGCACCAUGGACUCUGUGAGGUCUGGGCCUUUUGGCCAGAUCUUCAGACCAGACAACUUUGUGUUUGGCCAGAGUGGUGCUGGUAACAACUGGGCCAAGGGUCACUACACUGAGGGUGCCGAGCUGGUGGACUCCGUCAUGGAUGUUGUGAGGAAGGAGGCAGAGAACUGCGACUGCCUACAGGGCUUCCAGCUCACCCACUCCCUGGGUGGUGGUACCGGCUCCGGCAUGGGAACCCUGCUCAUCAGCAAGAUCCGUGAAGAAUAUCCCGACCGCAUCAUGAACACCUUCAGCGUGGUGCCUUCCCCAAAAGUAUCAGACACGGUUGUUGAGCCCUACAAUGCCACACUGUCAGUCCACCAGCUCGUAGAAAACACAGACGAGACCUUUUGCAUCGACAACGAGGCGCUGUACGACAUCUGCUUCCGCACCCUCAAACUCACGACCCCCUCGUACGGUGACCUCAACCACUUGGUUUCUGCUACCAUGAGCGGUGUCACCACCUGCCUCAGGUUCCCCGGGCAGCUCAACGCCGACCUGCGCAAGCUGGCUGUCAACAUGGUGCCAUUCCCCCGUCUGCACUUCUUCAUGCCAGGCUUCGCUCCUCUCACAAGCAGAGGCAGCCAGCAGUACAGGUCCCUCACUGUGCCAGAGCUCACCCAGCAGAUGUUCGAUUCAAAGAACAUGAUGGCCGCCUGCGAUCCACGCCACGGCCGCUACCUGACGGUGGCCGCCAUCUUCCGUGGACGCAUGUCCAUGAAGGAGGUUGAUGAGCAGAUGCUGAACGUGCAGAACAAGAACAGCAGCUACUUCGUGGAAUGGAUCCCCAACAACGUGAAGACCGCCGUCUGCGACAUUCCUCCCCGUGGCCUCAAGAUGGCCGCCACCUUCAUUGGAAACAGCACUGCCAUCCAGGAGCUGUUCAAGCGUAUCUCCGAGCAGUUCACCGCCAUGUUCCGCCGCAAGGCCUUCCUCCACUGGUACACCGGCGAGGGCAUGGACGAGAUGGAGUUCACCGAGGCGGAGAGCAACAUGAACGACCUGGUCUCCGAGUACCAGCAGUACCAGGACGCCACUGCUGAGGAGGAGGGAGAGUUUGAGGAAGAGGGCGAGGAAGAGCUUGCCUAAAGCUUGCCAUGCACAAGGUGUAACGUUAUGUUCCAAGUAAAAAUAAUACUACCUUUUAUUUAAUGUCACCUUACAGUCAUCCAAUUCAGUAAUAAAAAAACACAAUAAAAGAAAUGAAGCAUUAAUAAAGUGUCAAUUCACCUUCCAUUUUCAAAUGUUCCAAGUGUAAUUGUCCAAUGUUAGUGUAAAUGAAAUUUGCCUCUCGUUAUAAUAAAACAGUACAUCAUGA